GAAAAGAUGUUGACAGUGUUGUUAUUGAGUUGGAUUCUCAGCGGUAGUGUCCUUUCACAGAUUCAUUCCAGUCUGCCUGGGUCUCCAUCUCAAAAAUUUGAGACUGCAGGCAGUCAUAACAAUGUUCGAGACCUUAUCCCUCCAAACAUGUUACCACAAAACUCACUUGCAUCUCCAGUAAACCCCGGUCUACCUUUAUCGGCAGCAGUCCAAAAUAUCAUACCCGGAGGUUCUGUACCAAAUCUCGACCAAAGAAAUGUCAACGAUAUUUCUAGAAAUUUAAAUGAUCCUCAGAUAUUUCCACACUUUGGAAACGCCUUCAACUUACAAAACCAACUUGGGGGAUUUGAAAAUGCUCUCAAUAUUCAAAAUCGGUUUAGAGAAUUUGCACAACCAGAACAACCUGAAUGGCAAGAAGAAGCAAAUCGCUGGAACAGACACACGGAACCGCCUCUAUCAAUAGAAAGAAAUCUUCCACCAUGGUUGACGAACACGUUUUCAGAUAGAUUCAGAAGUCCAUUUAUAAAUGGAUUUAACAAUCUAAGGAAUGAUCCAAUCCUGGAUAUUCCAUUUGAAAAAAGAAACAAUGAAGUCAACCAUAAAACCAUAAGUACGUUAACUGAAAAUAUUGAAAUUCCCUCCGACAAAGACCUAGAACAUUUUCGUGAUAUUAAAAAUCAUGUCCCUGUAAACACAGACUUUGUUUCGAAAUCAAGAGUACCUCAACUGGGGAAUAUUAAUCGUCAAAGAGGACUAUUAGUUGGCCCUACAAUACCUAAAAUUGACGUGAUGCAGCAUUUAGAUGACUUAAGCAUGAUACUAGACGAUGUUUUUAUGAAACAAGUACCGAAAAUAAGUUGCUCUCUGAGGCUUUACCCACUUUACAAACGGGUAAUGGUAAAUAUGGUGAAAGAAUUAUUUAAGAAGGUACAACCAAAUGAGAGGCUUUUCAGCAUGUUAUGGAGAGACCUUAGGAUAUGUGGCCAUUUUAAGUCGUCCAAAACAGACAAACUGGUUAAGAAACUUCAUCGGUAUGAUAGAAAGAAAUCUAAAGACAACUCUGACGAAAAACCGGGAUCAAUCAUCCCAAAGAAUAUUAUAAAGAAAAGAAAGUAUUUAGAGAAGGUUUUAUCCAAACGGUACAGGCAGUUUGUGUCGACCAGAAAGCCAUUCUUAAGAAGGAAAAGUAAAUUUCGUAGUGGGUCGAGUUCUCAUGAUAGUUCACAAAGUGAGGAGUCGAGGUCAUCCGAGGAAUCAAAACCUAGAAGAGAACGCUAUCCGAAAAAUUGGAAACGCGAUCGAUCGGGUGCGAAAAGAUUUUCAAGGUUUAAGAAUGAGAAUAAAUCUUUUGGUCAAGAUUCAUCAGAUCAAAGUGAUUAAACACUAAAAGAACAAUCAUGAAAUAAAGGGACGAAGGUUUAGGGUUUCAUAUAUUUGUAUUAUAUUUUAUUGAAAGAAUCAAUAUCAAUAAAAUUUUAAAACUUUC